AAAGCUGAGCUACGACAUUUCUAUUUGCAAAGAGUCAUUGGAAAAGGUGCCUUUGGAAAAGUGCGGAUGGUUCAGCACAAGAUUGAUCGAUCAGAAUAUGCAUUAAAAUACAUUAGUAAAUCCAAAUGUAUUGAAUUAAAUGCAGUACGAAAUAUAUUGACAGAACGUGUCAUACUCGAAUUACUCGAUCAUCCACUGAUUGUCAAUCUAAGAUAUGCCUUUCAAGAUGAAGAGAACCUCUUUAUGGUGCUUGAUUUAAUGCUCGGAGGAGAUUUACGAUUUCAUCUUGACUCACUUGGUACCUUUAAUGAGUUACAAGUUAGGUUCUAUGUUGCUCAAUUAAUACUUUCCAUCAGUUACAUUCAUAGUCAACAUAUUAUUCAUCGUGAUAUCAAACCAGAUAAUGUCUUGCUCGAUCAUAGAGGACACGCUCAUCUUAGUGAUUUCAAUAUUGCCACUCAAUUGACACCACAAAAACCUUAUAGACAGAAUAGGGCGGGUAGUUUAGCUUAUAUGGCACCUGAAAUCCUUUUGAAACAAAAAUAUACGACUGACGUGGAUUGGUGGAGUUUAGGCAUUACUACUUUUGAAUUAUUAUUUGGACAGAGACCCUUCGAAGGAGAUUCAAAUGAGAAAGUACAAGAAUCCAUCUUACAUGAUCCACUACAAUUUCCAGAAAAGAUUCAAGUAUCAGUUGAAUGUCGGCAAGUGAUUCAAGGGUUAUUAGCAAAGCGUCCCAAAGAUAGAUUAGGUCAUGGUAAAGAAGGCUUACAGAAAUUAAAAUCACAUCCUUGGUUUCAAGGCCUUGAUUGGGAACAGCUUGAAUCUAAAAAGGCACAGCCUCCUUUUAUACCCAAUAAGGAUGUACCUAAUUAUGAUGCAGUACAUGAAUUAGAAGAACUGCUGUUUGAAGAGGAACCUUUAAGAGUUCAUCCGAGAUCAAAAGACUCUACUGCUACAAUGGAAAUCGAUACCAAGUUUUUACCCUAUGAUCAUACAAAACAAGGCAAGGCAUCUGCUUUGGAGCCAAAUAAGACCAAUUUAAUACGUAGAAAGAUUGAUCAAGCAAAAUAUAAUGCACACGGUUACUAUGAACUAGAUCAUCAACUAUAA